AUGUCAACAGAGUUUUCUGACAAUGAAAUUGUAGAAUCUGGUCAUUCACCCAUUGAAGAACCAGCUCUUAUCCCACUAUCAGAAGCUCCACUCCUGGGAGAUACGAAUCCACUAAUAGAUCAUCCAACCACAGCCUCACUGCCAACAACACCAUCCCUGCCACAGGCCAUAACAAUUCCCUCUCAAACGGAAUUGAUAGAACAAGAAGAAAUUAAGCAUACUCAACAAGAGCCGAGUGAAUCAAUAAGAGAUACUAAAGAUUCACAGAAGUAUAGCAACGUGGAUCAGUCAGCUACCCUUAUACCAGAAGGAAAUUUGUCAAAUAAAGAAAACGGUGGUGAAAUUAUGAUGAGUCAAAAUGGUAGAGGGGAUGCUUCAUCUGAGUGGAUGCCAGAACAACAUUAUAAUGUUUACACAUGUUCUACUGUAACACCAAGUUCACAAUCAGUUUUGCAGCUUAAACAAUAUUAUACGAAUCUAGAACAGUCUACAAAAUCUAAUGCGUCCAAACUAACUGAACAUACUGAUCAUAAUGGAAAUUACAACAAUCAUGAGAAAAAAUCGCAUCGUAGAUUAAGACGUAACACAUAUGAUAAAUUGCUGCAUUGUUCAAUCUCCAGCAACAAUCGUGGAGAACAAAUUGAUCCUAUGGAAGAGUUUUCCUACCUCAAAGAUGGAAAAAUGCGUACAUCCGUUGAAGAAUUACGGAAGCUAUUUGAAUCUGGUGCAUUUAACGAGUAUAAUAAAAAGCUUAUAGAAGAGGAAACAGUAAUAACAUCGGUAGAACAAAAUGAACAUUUAAACCAAUUAAACCGUUCUAAAUCAUUUGAACCAAUUAAAUCACUUCGAAUGAAUUCUGUAGAAUUUCGUUCGCGUCCUCCGAAAUUUCGUACACCCAGCCCCAAACCAUGUCAGCUACCUACACCACCUCCACUCCCUCUACCGCCAUCUAUGGAAUUUGUUAACAAAUCGUAUGAGAUUACAAACGCCACUAACAAUGAAAACAGUAGCAUAAACAAACCGAAGAAUAAAAGUAGACGCAAAAACAAAAAUUACUCAUCUUGUUGGAGCCAACCAGCUAAGCCUAUAUUAUCAAUGAGUUUACCUUAUCGUUCAAGAUCUUUGGCUCUUGAUAGAAAAUCUGAACCAGUUCAUUUGGAUAGAGGAUGCUCACUGUCUCGUUAUCGAGCAUGUUCAAUCACUCAGCGUUCUUUAUCACCAUUACUGAAUUCAUUACUUAAGGAGGACCAAAUUAAUAGGUCGGCACAAAAUACCAUAGCAAGAACUACAGAUGGCAAAAACCCAAAGACAAGGAAUCUUAUGAAAGGCAAUAAUGGAGAUAAUAAGGUUUCGGAAAUCAAUAAACAAAAUGCUGACCAAUCUUUAGUCCAGUACGAUAAAUAUAAUCUGAAACCAGAUCAAAUUGUUUGUGUAAAUCCCUCUUCUUCUGAUGGUGUAUAUGUCCGAUCAGCUGUUGUAUAUGAACGCGUAAAUGACAAACCAAUGCCAUCUGAGCCUAAGAAUUUUAUCACAACUUAUGUAGUAUCUAAAUGGCCAAGCCCAAGUCAAGCGACGGUGCAAGCUACAAAUUUAUGGGUUGCAGAACAAUCUCUACAGCACUACAAAAAUAAACCGUCUACACCUUUUAGGUCUCAAGCUUUGUCAAAAAUAAGUAAUAUGGGUCUUUCUAAUGGACCGAAAGAUGUGCAGCUCUAUCACAGUAGUCCAGGUGAUAAUCCUACUCAACUAAAAAAAGCCACCAUAUCACAAAAGGAUCGUGGUUCAGCGAUCCAACCAAGGAUAAAAUUUGGCCAACCCAAUCAGCAGCAUACAUACAGUCACAACAGAAACACAUCACUGUCUCCACAGCCAUUGCCAACUCCACCACCCACUGAGUUGCACCCACAUAUAUUGCGUUGUACCAGUGGUCACUGUAGUCCAACUCAACAAACUCGUGCUUCUCAGCCUUGUCUAAACAGAUCAACCCGCUUUGAUAAAGGUCGAUAUAUGACACAAAAUAGACCUUACUUAAGUCGUUCAUGGUCAGUAAAAUCUUUAUCACCACCACCACCUUUCAGAAGUCAGUGGUUGAGUUCAAUGAGUGCUUCAAGAAGUAGGCAAAAAAUAUCUGAUAAAUCUCAUAGCCUAACAAGAGAAAGAUAUAGCAUGCCUUAUACAGAACCAACAUGUAAACAGCACCGAAGUAGGGAAGCAAACAAAGUUAUCAACUGUAUUAAACAUAGGAGUUGUGUGGAAUCACACCGCAUGGAAAAUGCAAGACGCCUUCGCGAUAGAGAAAAGAAGGAAUGGAUUAAACGUGCUGAAGAAAUCAGUGAAGACAGACAAAAAUACCACGAGGUCAGAGGAAGCUGGUCACCACCAAGUAUGCGAAGUCCACCUCGUUCAACACCGAACAAUAUGGAAGAGUGUACAGAAAAAGAAAUUCAACAAUACGUUAGGCAGCAUUCACCACCAGCACGCUCUCCACACAUUGUAUUUCCAAGGUAUUCGCCUUGCUAUCCACAAGAAUAUGUUAGAUCAUUAGAUAAAGGUAUACAGUGUGACACAGUUGAUGAGAACGAUAAUAGAUAUCAGAUGACAAGACAAUUUUCGAAUAACUGUAUAGAUACCACACCAAUAGCAGAAGAUUUUGACAGGAAACGUGCUUAUUUUGAAGAACUGAUUAGAACCAAUAGAAAUUUAGCUCAGUGUUCAUUUUAUUCUGACUGUUUUCAUUGUUCACCUGGACAAACACCCAAGUUAAGUGCUUCCUCAAGUUGGGAUUCUGAAAUCAACAAUUUAAAUAGUCAAAACAAUUUAUUUAUGAAACGUGAUUGUUAUGCAAAGGAUCAGACAAACCACCAACAACAGCAUCAUAAACUGGAAAAUCAGUCACAUCACAACGUAGACCAUCAUCAUCCUCAGCAGAUACAACUUACUUGUUUCCGAAGACCUAUGCAGAAUUUAGAUUAUAACUAUCAUGAAUGCAAUGAUCACAGCCAUAACAAUCAGUAUCUCAGUACUAAAUACCAAUACAGUCAUAAUAAUAACAAUAAUGAUAGUAGUAAUGCUAAUAUUAUUAAUGGUAAUAAUAACAAAACUAACAGUUACCCCUUCACUUUAUGUGAGCCUCAACAAUAUGCUUCUAAUAUUUACCUACCAUUUGAAAAUACUGCAUUCAUCGAACACGAUAGAGACCAUCUAUAUUUAGAUAAAACGUUCAUGCAUCAGAUUAAUACCAGUUCCACAAAACAUGAUUACUAUGCCAAAGCCAUACACGCAAUGCCCAAAGUCGCACCAAAUCCGCCUACUUAUAGCAGCUGUAACAAUGGUAAUAUGUACAGUUGCCAUGAACCCUAUGAAUCAGUAAUUCGAUAUAGAAAUACUUCACCGUUGCGCGUAGAACUGGAAGAUUCACCAAAUCCAACAUCACCGUAUAAUCAAUACGCAAAUCUACACGUUUAUCCUAUACGGAGGACAACUCAUUCACCACCAUGCAGAUUUUCCUCUUAUGCAACAAACCAACAGUACAACUCAUCAAGUAACCAACCACAAGCAAAUCAGUCAAGAAGCCAAAAGCAUCAGCAACAACGGGGUGACUCAUUAGAAAGCUUACACUGUGAACAAAAUGAUUACGCCGAUGAUCAGCCAAAAUAUUAUGGUAGGGUAAAGCAGAUUGUUCAAGCAUUGGACAAACAAGCUGCUGAAAUAAAUUUACGCAUCGAUUCAGUCGAGUCCGUAGCGAGUCCGGAUAGAAGUCGACCAUUAAGACGUAGUCACAGUGAUCGAUUCUCUUAUCUUAUGCCAAGAACAUCAUGGUAG